AUGGUCGGUGCUGGAGGCAUUGGCUGUGAGCUUCUCAAAGACUUGCUUUUGUCGGGGUUUGGCGAGAUCCAUAUUGUGGACUUGGACACCAUCACGUUGUCCAAUUUGAAUAGGCAGUUUUUAUUUAGACAGAAAGACAUCGGGAAGCUGAAGUCGCUCACCGUGGUAAAGGCUGUACAGAGCUUCAACUACUACAAUGCCAAGCUUGUGCCGCACCAUGGCAAUAUCAUGGACCCUGCUCUUUUCCCUGUUGAGUGGUGGAAACAGUUCGACUUUAUUUUCAACGCCUUGGAUAAUGCCGAGGCUCGGAGAUACGUCAAUAGAACCGCGUUGUUUUUGCACAAGCCGCUCAUGGAGUCGGGCACCACGGGAUUCGACGGGCAGAUCCAACCCAUCUUUCCCUUUGAAACCGAGUGCUACGAGUGCCAGCAGAAGGAAACGCCAAAAUCGUACCCCGUGUGUACCAUCCGAUCCACGCCUUCGCAACCUGUGCAUUGUAUCGUGUGGGCCAAGGAAUUUUUGUUCACGCAGCUCUUCACAUCGACCUCUGAAAACGAGCUAGGAGCCGCCGACUUGCGCAAGGAGACUGACGACCCGAAGGAGAUCGAGCGGAUUUUGCUGGAGGCCAACGAACUCUCCAGCUUGAAAAAGCAGGUUGCCGAUGCGGACUUCCCGGCCAAGCUUAUCCAGCAAAUCUUUCACGAUGACAUUCGCAAGGCAUUGCAGCUCGAGAGUCUCUGGAAAACAAGACGCAAGCCGGAGCCUUUGCAGUUCCACGAGAAAUAUAAUAGCGACUUGCAGAACUUGGCCCGGAAUCCCGAGAGUGCCAAUUUGCUUGUCAACGACACCGAGGUGUGGUCCGUGUUGGAGACCUUGUAUGUGCUUGUGGAGUCGACGGGCAGAAUCCAGAAACGCUUGCAGCUGGGCGAGCAGGAGGUCUUUUUCGACAAGGACGACGAGGACACGUUGAACUUCGUGGCUGCGGCCGCCAACCUUCGCUGCUGUGUUUUCAACAUCGAGCGCAAGUCCAAGUUUGACAUCAAGCAGAUAGCCGGCAACAUCAUUCCUGCCAUUGCCACCACCAACGCCAUCAUCAGUGGGCUCUCGAACUUGUCGUCUUUGAUCUACUGGAAAAAGAACUUUUCUGCUGCCGCCGCCAAGGUCACAUACAUCAGCAUCAAGGAAAACAAGCGGGCCACGUCGGCACUGGUCGAGGCGCCCAACGCCAAAUGCGCCAGCUGCGGGAUCGUGAGCAAGGGCCUAGUGGCGGUGCUGGAAAAAGGCUUCGACAUGCCGCUCCAGGGCUUUCUCGACUUGGUCAAAGAACAGUACGGCUACUCAGACGACGUGUCUGUCAUUGUCGGCAAGAACAAGUUGGUCUACGACAUUGAUUUUGACGACAAUCUUGCACGCAGUCUCCGGGACCUUGGCGUGCGUACAAGCGAGACGCUCCUCAUCCAAGACGACGCCGACGAGUAUGAGAACUUGGAGCUUUUGGUCUGCACCGGUGAGAAUCAGCAGGUGGAGCUUCCCAAAAUCCUGCUCCGUGCCAAGAGCAACAGCACCGAAAACACCGCGGGACAUGGGGCUCUUUCGGAGGGUGAGCUUGAGGAAAUUGCCGAUGAGGUCAUAUUAAUAAAUGACGACGAGCAGCCGCCCUCCAAGAAGAGAAAAGUCGACAGCGAUAUUGUGGAGAUAUUAUGA